AUGAUCGCCUCUGAUCCCAGCGUGAAGGGAGUCCAAGUACCCCCAGCGCAACGAGAAUCGCUUCCAGUGCGUUACUACGACACAACACUCAGAGACGGUGCACAGGGAGAAGGGAUCUCGCUUUCUUGCGACGACAAGCUUAGGAUAGCUUCUCGAUUGCAUAGAUUUGGUGUAGAUUAUAUCGAAGGAGGAUGGCCUGGUUCAAACCCGAAGGAUGCCGAAUUCUUUGAGCGUGCCAAGGUAGAGCUACCUCCAGCCGCAUGGGAUAAGGUUGCGGCGUUUGGUUCCACAAGGUACAAGAACGUAAAAGUGGAGGAUGACAAGCAGGUCAAGAUGCUGGUGGAUUCAGGUGCUCGGGUUGUAACACUUGUAGGGAAGUCUUGGGACCUGCAUGUCGACCAGGUCUUGGAAACCAGUCGAGAAGAGAAUCUUGCUAUGAUCUUUGAUACGGUUUCAUACCUGAAAUCUCUUGGGCGGGAGGUCAUGCUCGAUGCUGAGCACUUCUUUGAUGGUUAUUCUGCCAACCCUGAGUACGCGAUGUCUUGCCUGGAUGCCGCUGUCAACGCAGGUGUGGAUUGGCUGGUGUUGUGCGACACCAAUGGGGGGAGUUUGCCGUGGGACAUAGAGGAGCUGACUAGGGAGGUUGUCACCCGGUUUCCAACAACAAAUGUGGGCAUUCAUUGCCACAAUGACCAGGGAAUGGCAGUCGCAAACAGUUUGGCUGCUGUAAAAGGUGGGGCCAGGGUAAUUCAGGGGACUGUGAAUGGGUACGGCGAAAGAACAGGAAAUGCAAACGCUAUGUCGAUUCUUCCUACGCUGAGUCUAGCAAUGAAAGAGGACUGCACGAUAGGUCUUGAUCACCUUAAAGGAAUCACUUCGCUUUCACGCUACGUCGAUGAGCAAGCAAAUCAGCCAAACAAUCCUCAUGCUGCAUAUGUUGGUAGCAUGUCAUUCGCCACACAAGCAUUAUUGAUGUCUGAAGCAGGUCCUUCAAAGUCUGGCAAUAUUGAGACAGGAAAGCAAGUUCUGCCCGAGGCUGUAAAAAAAAAGGCGGUAGUUGCCCGAUUCGUGCUCACUUGUUUUUUAGAUGAUCAAAUCUUUGCGAAAAUUAUGCAGAUUGUGCGAUCUCUUGAUCAGAAGGGAUAUUUCUUCGAAGGGCAUUUUUGUUUUCUCCCGAUGAACGUGAUUGACAUUCGGAACUCGUCGCAGCCUCCGUUCGAGAUCCUAGAUUACAACGUGAUAGUAUGGGACGAUGGACCUUCACAGUAUGGAAACUUUGGUCAAGCGAGAGCAACGGUGGUCAUCAUCGCUCUCACAGUCCAACGGCAGGGAACAGAAAUCCUCGAAGUCGCUGAAGGGAAUGGUCCAGUCAACGCCUUGGGCAAGGCGCUCAAGCAGGCGCUGCUGCCUCUUUUCUCCUCCCUCGAGUUCGUGGAGCUGAGGGACUACAAGGUUCGCAUCCUAGACAAUGAAGCAGCGACUGCAGCAGUCCCAAGAGUCAUGAUUGAGUUUCAAGACACUCAGCUGGGGAAACGAUGGACCACUGCGAGCGCAGACUCGAACAUAAUCUCUGCAUCUUUCAAUGCUCUUGUUGAUGGCGUCGAAUAUCACCUUGAACACAGACAUCUGGUAAGUGAAACUCGUACCGGACGGUCAUUCGUAAUGUUUCAAAAGGACCAGGACGAUUCUUCCUUUUGA